AUGUGGAGUGAUCUGAGGCAUAGAUAUUACCAAGGAGAUAGGUUUACGGUUGCCGAAUUACAAGAGGAGAUACACGCAUUACGACAAGGAGAUCUAGAUGUCACAAUAUAUUUUACAAAUCUCAUAUCGAUAUGGGAAGAGUUAGAGAAUUUUAGAGGAAUUCUAGCAUGUAGUUGUGGAAGCAACUGUGUAUGGGGCCUGGGAGUAAUAAGGAGCCAUAGAGCUGAAAAUCAAGUAACAAGAUUCCUCAAAGGGUUGAAUGAUCAAUACUUUGGAGUGAGAUCUCAAGUGAUGUUGAUGGAACCACUCCCUAGCAUCAAUGUGGUAUUCUCUUUACUUACACAACAAGAGCGGCAAGCUCACAACCUUGGACCAACCUCACACAUCAUGCCAUACUUUGCCACUCCCUCAAACACUUCAGAGGCUCAAUAUGGCAGAGGGAGAGGAAGGGGUAGAGGAGGAAGGUCCCAAGCUACUAGAAGAGGUCAAAAAGGGAGAAGUAGAGUGCAAUGUACACAUUGUGGCAAGACUGGUCACACCGUGAAUGUAUGCUACAAGAAACACGGCUUUCCAUCGCAUUUGAGGAACAAAUUUGGUGGAGAGGCUGCUGUGAAUUCUCUGGCAGUAGUUGAGCUUGAGAGGAUAAAUGAAAAUCUCAGCACCAAACUGGAUGGGAGUGGAAUUGUCGAGUCUGGAUUCACUGCAGAGCAACGACAAGAAUUACUAGCCCUUUUAGGUAACCAUGAGGUAAAACCAAUUCAUAGCACAAAUCACAUUGUGGCACAAUCACAGCCACUACCUCUUCAAGAUACAGGUGCUACAUACCACGUAUCAUAUUCCCUUGAAGAUUUUCAAACAUAUUACACAAUUGAUCCAAUUCUUGUGAAGAUUGCCAAAUGGCUCAUACACCACAAGCAACAUAAUUGGAACAAUUAUGCACUGUGUGAGAUCCAGGACUGCAGCUCCAUGAGGAUAAUUGGGAGAGUUGAAACUGUUGGUGGUCUCUAUGUACUGGAUUCUCAAUUUUAUGAAACUUACUUUCCUUUUAUCAAUAAGACCGAGGUUCUCUCUGCUUCACAAAAUAGUAACAUUCAUGCAUCUGACCCAUUCAUUUACGAUGACACAAUUACUAGUCCACAUGCUACACACAUUUUUCAUGACACCCACAUUGACAUAUCCCUGAACCCUUAG